GAGCAUCAUGAUUCGGAAAGUUUGAAAGAGAGUUUGAGAGUGGAACUCUUUUAACGCGAUAACCCCCAGAAGCAGUUGGCUGCUGCGUUCAGCCUGCUUCCUCAGUCAGAGAUACCACUUGGGUUUGUUCGUCAGUGCUACGGAACUGUGAGUCAUGACUCCAAUCGUGUAACUGUCUCUCCAUGGAUUGAAUGUCUUUGAAACUUCCAGCUAUGAAAAGUUUGAUAAAAUAGGAAUCUAACUACAGAGUCUGUACAUUUUCCAUGGAAACUUACGAUAUCUACAGAGGAAGAUUCAGCAGUGUUGAGGUAUAAUAACGUGUGACAAUACAAACUAACGACAUAAAAAAUCUCCGACAACUUGGCAUAUUUCCUGCUGUGGUAAUUGGAACUGAACUAUCGGUGACAAAGACAUCAGUGUUUUACUGGAAUACUUCAAAAACUACCAACAUUUCAAUCAUUGGAAUGACAAUAAAGAAUGACGAUAACCGUUUUUUACCACUUAGAUGUGCUGCAGUAAUUAAACGCAGUAAGGUCAGUAAUUGCUCAGAUGAAAACAACACUGGUGAUAUGAAGUAAUGUAAAUGUUACUUGUUAUCUCAAUGAACUGUGGAACAAAGUUAAUUAUUAGAUAUGUCAUGAAAUACAAACACCUAAUUAAGACCCCAGAAACAGCAAAUAUGGGGUGAAUCUUAGGGAAAAAAAUCUUCAGAGAAGGAAUGGAAUGUGUUGGUUUUAUCUAAUAGCGGACUUAUUCUACGAACAGAUAUUUUUUUCACCCAGCAUGGCAUAUGACUUUAUAUUCACAAUGGAACCAAGGCCAUCCUAAACUUUUCCAUCGUCCUAAGACAAUUUUGAGGGCUUAAAUUUCCGUCAGUAAGGAGAAUCCUGGAUCAUCAUACUUUGUGAAGACAAAACUGUUUAGUAUGUAAAGGUCAUACAGAUGUUUAACAAAGAUAUGAAAAGAAAAUGCCUAAUUAAUUAUGAUUUGAAGGAAGUUCAAAUGGGAACAGUUAACCUACAGCUAUGGAAGAUAUAAAAGAACACUAUUAACAUUUAUUAUAAGUAUUACUCUACAAGGUCUGUAUCGAUGGUUACAGGGUUAUUCGAUACAAUGGCAGAAACUUUUUAAUCUUUUGUGAAAAAGUAAUGUUAUACAUCUUGAUGAUGUAAUGAUUUAAUUGACAACUGAACAUAUCUGAUGGUAGAAAUAUCACUAAACUGUUACCCAAUGACAGCUGUGAUAUGAUAUUGAUGAUAAUGUGCUGACAAAUGUUUGGUGCCAGACAUUAACAUACUCAAGCUCUUCCAUACAGGAAAUGACUGCAAGUUUUCAGGAAAUUUUCCAACAAUCACUUACCGUAUUAUGUGCAAUAAAUCUGUGACAAAGAGACAAGGCUGACAGUUGAAAUUGAAAUGUGAUGACCUCUGGUCAUUGAUUUAUUGACCCCUGACCUCGGUCAGUGAUAGUAUUGACUUUAAUGGCGUGAAAAAUGAUGUCAGAUGAUAAUUUUUACCUGUGAAUGUCAGCGGGACCGCCGACCACCUCUGACCCUAACCCCAGUCACAUGUGCGCUCAGCCGUGACAACAAGACAAAGGAGUGCUACAGAUAAAUGAUGGACCAGGGUCACACUUCAUUAGGUAUAAGUUUCAUGCGUGAUUAACUGAUCAGUGAGGAGGUUAACCAUUGUUAUAACAGUACAGGUUGAUGUCAUUUACAAAUAUUAAUCGGAGGAUUACAUGCUAUUUCUUUCUGGAACACUUUUGAAAUAUUUCGUGGAUUGAUAAGUGUUGAUAUUCCUGGACAAAAUGUGAUAUAUUUGUGACAUUAUUGACUGAUAUAUCCGAUCCAUUUUCAUCUUUACUCGUAAUACAGGUGAAACUUGUGGACGGAAUCGAUAACUUAAAUACUUGAGAUACAACAGUUAUCUCCCCUGGUUUAUAUAUUUUGACUUUAUUUAAACAUGAUCAAACUAAAGAAAAGAUGGAUACUUUUCUCCGUGGAUUUAACAAAAUUUGUGCCAAUUCUAAUUCUUCUACAACAACAGUUUGGAAACUCCGUAGCUUCUACAACUAAAAGGACCCCUAUUCAACAACCCCCACAAAAUUACGAAGGUCAAGCACCUUGGCAGAGAAGGUCUUCACAACAGUAUCCACGGUACCAGGAGCCUCGGAAUGGUGGUAACAGGAACCAGGAUAUCCCCUGGGAACAAGAACAGUUACUACCCAUGCAAGGAUACCAGGGUCGUAACCAAGGUACACAAAACCCGCCAGGCAGCAGUAAGCUGGAUGUUGAUGCCAUCCGAAAGGAAAUGUCUAACAAAGAAAUAAGUCUACGGGAAACACAGCAACUUCAAGCUCAAAGGGGAGGUAAUCAAACACAAUGGGGACGGAACGCAAAAGGAAAUCAGACAGCUUGGAAUGGUGAAAGAACUAAUCAAGGAAGGAGAGGUCCACCAACAGCACCUCCAUAUUGGUAUGAUAGGAACUACGAGGGUUCCUACCGGGGACGUCCAUACAAAGGGGGAGGAGACACAAGACCAUAUCCAGAUGAACGAUACAGAUUACGGCCACCGACCUACCCUCCUCCCACCUAUCCUCCAGCCUAUGACCAAGGAGGGCCCGGCAGAGGAGGAGGAGGACAGGCUCAAGGAACCAGACAGGGUCCAAGGGGUUUGGACAGGGGAGGACCUUACAACAACAGGCAAGGAGGGGGCUACUACAACCAAAGGGACUAUCCUAAUUAUGGUCCAGGUCCAGGACAAGAAGUUAGAGGCAGGGGAGCUAUGGCUCGAGGGAGUGGAGCUGGCAGUGGUGUCGGCAGUGGACACCUCCUGAUGGUGGACCCAGACCUGCCUGAUCCUCUCGAUGACCACUGGCAGAGAAUGCAGACCCACAAAGCAUGGGAACUCAUGAAUGGUGGACCAGGCAAGGGGCCAGUUCCACCCCCAUUUGUACCGCGGAGACGGUGGGGGGACCGAGGUGAGAUCCCUGGGGGACCUACCACCCUACCCUGGCCCAAUAUGGACAAGAGGCCGCCCCAAAACACAGGGAGGGCCAGGAUCUGGGCAGGGGAAGGUUCGGGGUCCAUCAACGCAGGAUCAGGGAGAGGUCAGAUCUGGGGUGAUCAAUGGCCAUCAAGAUCCAACAGAACUGAACUGUUAAAUGGAACUGUCAACAACACAAACAUCACAGGGAAUUCACCAACCAUGAAGGAGUUCCAGGGAAACCCUCAGUCAAGUGGCGGACAACAGACAACUAGAGGGCGGACAAUGCCGCCACCCCCACCCCCCACUGAUCUUCUACACAACAGUCCUUUCCAAACGCAAACACUACAGAACAACAGAGACCUGUGGGAUCGCAGGAUGCAACAGCUGGCAGCCUGGGAGAGACAGCAACGCACAGGGAGUGGUCCUCUCCCCUAUCUACCUCCAGAGCGACCAGACUCACAGAAGGAGGCAAAGAGAGAGGAACAAGAAGACAGAUUAAAAGGUAAAAAUACCUGGCCAAAUCAGGGACAGAUACCAGAUGGCUCAAGGACAAGGGCUGGGUCAGAGUUCGGAAGGUCAGGAGUCAGAUUUCCUGAGGAAGGGAGAGGACAGCCACCUUUGAAGUUGUCAGACCUGAGUCCAUCGCUGGCCACCAUCGUUAGAAACAUGACACAAGGACAAAACCCAAGACCGAUACAGGGAGGACGGUUUGCCCCGAAUCAAGACCCCCGUGAGAGGCCAGCGAUGACACAUACUUUCCCACCUUACCAGCAAGGUCUGGAAACAAGAAACCAGUUCACAGACUUACAUGGUGGUGUCAUACCUAGACAAGGGGACCAACUCCAAACAGCUAACAUUCCAAUGCGGUGGCCAUAUGCAAAUAGCGGAAGCCAGAAAGCCUUUAUAGGUGAAAGUAAUCAAACCAAGGUAGACAACCAGACAGACCCUGAUGGACCUGUGGGACCUGAAGGCCAGCAACAGCUCUCACAGGAAGGGUCCAUGCUUGGCCCCAUACUGUCCCGCGCUAAACUGGGUGGCUUUGACAUUGAUCACGAACAAGAGUCAGAGUUGGAGACGGAGGACAGCAGGCUGCGGAAGAUCAUUGUUGGCAUGUACAUGGAGAAGUUGGCUAUUAAGGAAGGGGAAGGUGGCUCCGGGAAUGAUCCCUUCAAGGCUGCAAUGGCUGAUGUCAACUCUACCCUCUGGUCAACACUUCAAAACAUAUCCAACAAUAGGGACAAUAUGAGAGGCGGUCAGGGAAUGAGGGGAAGUCAAGAUACUGCUCCCACACGAUCUGCUGCAGCCUGGAUCCCAACCGACAGACAGAGGAUUUGGGGUGGUCCUCGACAACCAAGGCCAAAUCAAGGUCAAGGACAGAACCGAGGUCAAAGUGGAGCUUUUGACAGAAGGUUUCCUCCAAUCAAUCCAAUGUCUGGCAGGGUAGUUCCACACAUGGAUACAGUAUUACAGAGACCUACCGGAUUGCCCACUGCAACAGGAAGAGGUCUAAAUCCGUUAAGAGGUCUAAAUCCUUUACUCGUUAGGGGAGGUAACUCUAAAACUCCUACAACAGUUCAUAACCAACAGCCUCAAACAUGGCCACAGUCUAACAGAGGGCAGGGCAGUCCUCCACCCAGACCAGCCUACAACCCUCACAAUCCUCGAGACGUGUUUGUACCUCAGGGUCAGUAUCCACAGACCUAUAAUCCCCGGGCGUACGAUCCUCGACAAGUGUACAAUAUCCAAGGUCAGGAUAAGUUCACUGUGGCGCCCCCUGUCACACCUUCACCUCCUCAAGACACCAACAACAACGAUCAGAAUCAAAACAAUGAUCAAAAUCAAAACAAUGACCAGAAUGAGUUAGAAGAAAUCUUACCUGUGGGCACAAAAAUUCUUCCAAGUCACAUUCCAAAAAUUUUAGCCAUUCUCAAUGUUACAGUUCCCUUGACAAAACCUCCUGUAAUUGUUGCAUCUCAAAUAGAUGGUGUACAACCUGGUAACAAUAACGUGCCAGCACGAAUGGUCAACAUUCCUGGGCCGACAGAGGAGAUACAAACAGCGACAGAGUUCUAUGUACAGGAGGCGUCAACUGCAAGAACUAUAGUUAUAGAGGGAACUUCCUCUGCUUUCGGUAUAAUUGUUGGAUGUCUGGUCGCCUGUGCUGUGGUAGUAGGCCCUGGUGUCUGCAUAGGAUGUAGGAUGAGGCAACGCUCAAAACAGCGGGAACUUAAGAAAGCUGCAGCAGCCGCAACAAGAAACGAGGAAAGCGGAAUCAUGGAAGCAAUUAUUAUGAGUGAGCUAGGCCGCAGUGCCUUAUACGGAGAGGAUAGUCAUACCAGAGGAGCAAAAAGUAGAUCUGAAUCCGGAACGUUUCAUGAACUCCAAACCUUACGAUCAGGACGUUCCUCGCCCACCAUCAUUGUGCACUAGAAUUGGUGUUUGAUUCCAAUUUUCUAACUUACAAUGAAAUGUAAUUAUGAUAGGAAACACGUUUUGCUGUUUACAUGGACUUAUCACUUUUGAUUUUGUGGAUUUGUGGAAGUAAGGAAUCCUAUGAUGCCUUCACGUACAUUAAUUUGUAAUAGCAAACAACUUCUGCUGAAAGUACGGACAUAAUAAACACUUAUUUUUUUGUUGAUUUACAGGAGAAACAAACUGAAGUGCCUUAAUUUUUUCUUUUAACACCUGGUAAAGUAUUUCUUGUAAAUUUUUAUUUGGAAAGCUGUGGAAUAUUUUUCAGGAUAUGUGUGUCAUUACUAUUUUCAGACAGACAAGUGUUGAUGUUUACCACUGUAAACAAUAAGACAGAUGUUGUCCCGGAUGAUAUUGUGAUGCUUUAAUAUAUAUCAAGGGUGCUGUAUAUCGUAGAGGAUUUAACUUAAUGUAGAGUAGUACCCUCAAUCGUAAUUGUACAGAAGUUUUCGUUGGAACAUUAUGUCUCUUGAAAAUUUACUGAUCAAAUCAGACAAGAUUAUCUCCCUUUGUUUAAUCUUGAUAAUCAUGGUUUCAUCCUAGAUGAAGAUUAGAAUCUCAUUUUAUCAUCAAGCUAUAUUUUUUCACAUAUAACGAUGAAAUGAUUUUUAACAUUAACCUGGCAUUGAUUACAAAGGGAGAUAAAUCACAACAGACAUAGUCUUCCUCCAAAUAAGGAAAUUAAUAGGUAACAAUGUAUUUGUUUAUAACAUGAUACACUAUGUUGGCUUAUGGUGUCAAUGACCUUUGAACUGUUGCCUUAAUUAACAACAGAGUAGAUAUAAAAUGUGAAAUUGCCAUUUUAAUAAAAUGUAAC